AUGUUUUUCGAUAAUUUAGAGACAUUACUUAAGAAACAUACAGAACUCUGUGACCCAUCUCCCAUCUAUAACCUGGAUGAGACAAGAACCAAAACCACCCAGCAGACUUUGAAGGUAAUAGUUCAUAAAGGAAUCAAGCAAGUGUCCAAAGUUAUCAGCAGAGAAAAGGGGACUUUAGUAACAACACUGUUUGUGAUCAAUUCUGUGGGCAACACCAUGCCACCCGUAAUGUUCUUCCCACGAGUUCAUUUUAAAGAGUUCAUGCUUUAUGGUGCACCUACAGGAACGCUUGAAUUGGCUCAUUCCUCAGUUUGGAUGCCUUCAGUUAACUUUGUAUGCUUCAUGCAGCAUUUUAUUAAAUACACUGGGCGUUCUAUGACUCGACAAACACUGCUAAUUUGUGAUAACCACGUAAGUCACAUGUCCACUGAAGCCAUUAAUAUGGCAAAAACUAAUGGAGUGUACAUCUUAACUGUUCCUCCACAUUCAACCCAUAGAAUGCACCCACUGGACGUUGGAAUCAUGAAGUCAUUUCAGGCUUAUUAUAAUGCUGUAGAUACGUGGAUGAGUGAACAUUCAGGACAGUCAUUUACCAUCUAUAAUGUUGCAGCUCCUGUAUAUAUAGCCCAUGUAUGUGCAAUGACUCCAGAAAAUAUAAUCAAUCCAUUCAAGAAAACUGGCAUUUUUCCUGUUGACAGGCAUGUUUACACAAAUGAUAUGUUUCUACCAAGUAUGGUCGCUGACAAACCACAUCCCCCAGAGGAACAGAGGGAAACAAACGAGAACCCUACAGCUGAAAGACAGAACAGUGACCAGAGAGCGCUUGAAUGCGAUCUGCCACAAGAAAGUGGUGAUCCUAGAAGGAAGGCUGAUUUUUCACAACAACCGAAAAGUCCACAAAGUUCAAAUCACACAGACAUCCAUUCUCCAACAUCUUGA